AUGGCCAUCCGCAAGCACCUCCGCCAAGGCUUGAAAUUCCUUUGUGAUCCCGCCGGAUUUUGGGCAUGCCAAGAACUUGCACAACCACAUCACAAGGAAAGCCACAUGCUUAGUGUAGGAUACGCCAUUGAUGGAAGGAGGGUCAGUGGGAUCUCCGCCAUGGCCAAGAUAUGUCUUCACCCAACUCCCGGAGGUCUUGUUUGA